AUGCUGUGGUCGCUCAUCCCCCAUCUUACACUUGCGGCGGCGCAGGUGGUGAUCCCCUCGCCUGUCGAGCACACCGGCGAUGCCGACGCUUGUCAGGGCUACGUCCUGAAAGUGACGCAGAGCGACUGCGGCCUGGAUGGCGAGCUCACGCUGAAGGGCAAGUGCGGCGCAUUCGGCCCCGACUAUGAGAAGCUCAAGCUCACGGUGCGACACGAUAACGACGACCGGCUUCGCGUGCACAUUGCCGAUGCGGAGGGAAAGGCGCACGUCGUGCCCGACGACGUGGUGCAGGACGGCUGGCCGAAGCUCGAAGGCCAGGGGCAGCGCGAGUCCAACCUGCAGUUCGACUACACCGAGGAUCCCUUCACUUUCAAGGUGACCCGCAAGUCGGACGGAGAGGUCAUCUUCGAUACGUCCGGCCAAGCCCUCAUCUUCGAGGAGCAAUAUGUCCGCGUGAAGAGUGCCCUCGCCGAGGGCUCCAACAUCCAGGGCGCGGCGCAAUCCUCGGACAACUUCACUCUCCCUAUCACUGAGGAGGGCUACGUGCGCACCCUCUGGAACAGAGACGCCUAUGGUGUUCCUGGGCGCACAAACCUGUAUGGCUCGCACCCCAUCAUCGUCAACCAGAAGGUCGGUGAGAACCCGUCCGCGUCCGGCGUGUUCCUCCUGAACUCGAACGGCAUGGACAUCAAGUUCCCCGAGCAGGGCAAGUACAUCGAGUACAACACGCUUGGAGGUAUUGCCGACUUUUUCUUCUUGAAUGGCCCGACCCCGGCCGAUGUGUCCCGCCAAGCGGCCGCCAUCUGGAAACCCUCACCUAUGGUUCCGUACUGGAGUCUCGGUUUCCACUCCUGUCGCUACGGCUACGAGGACAUCUUCGAGGUCGCCGAGGUCAUUGCCAACUACUCUGCGGCCGGUAUCCCGCUCCAGACCCAGUGGAUGGACAUCGACUACAUGUACGAGCGCUGGAUUAUGACUCUGGACCCUCCCCGAUUCGCUCUCGACAAGGUCCAGUAUGUUAUCGACCAUCUGCACAACAACUCCAUGCAGUUUAUCGUGAUGGUGGAUCCUGCGACUUUCUCAGGCAUGCCCAGCUUGUCGGCUGAAAAUUACGAGGCUUUCCAGUCCGGUCUUCAGCAGAAAGCUUUCCUCGCCUACGACGACGGCAACAUUUACCAAGGCGUCGUUUGGCCCGGCCCGACGGUCUUCCCCGACUGGACCGCCGAGGGCACCCAGGGCUGGUGGGACUCCGAAUUCAUGCGAUUCUUCAACACCGAGAACGGCGUUAACGUCGACGGCAUCUGGCUAGACAUGAAUGAAGCGGCAAAUUUCCUUCCGCAUAUCGAGGCGAACAUCUACCGCAUCUCAAAGGAGCGCGAGGCUCCGCCCGUCCGCAAGCUCCCCCGCACGAUCCCGCGCACCAUCGAGGACUUCCCUCGCUUUGAGGCCGGCAAGAACAUCUCUGAGCCAUGGGGCGAGGGCCAGCCGCAGUCUGGUCCCGAGCAGGUCCUCGGCGGACAGGGUGGCUCGAUGAUGGAGAAGCGCCAGAACGACAACUCGUCCGGCAACUACCCCGAGUCAGACGCCGACUUCAUGUCUGCUGGCCUCGACUCGCAGUGGCUCUACCCUCCGUACCGCAUCAAUGACCGCCGCGCACCCCCCUCGACUGGUGGAGGUGCCGACCUUGGUAUCAAGAAUAUCUCCGACUUCACUGCACGCACAGACAUCGUCCAGGGCAACGGAGUCCGGAUGUAUUCCGAGCACAACCUGUACGGCUCGCGUCACUCGAUCGCGACGCGCAACUCGCUGCUCAAGCGUCGUCCGAACCACCGGCCCUUCACUGUUGCACGUGCUUCGUACUCUGGCACGCCGUCUGCCGUGUGGAUGGGUGACAACAUCGCGACCUGGGAGCAGUACAUCAGCACGAUCCCGCAGAUGCUGUCACUCACGGCAGUGUCAGGGAUCGGCGUUGUUGGCGCGGACAGUUGCGGCUUUGGUGGAAACACGACCGAAACCCUGUGCGCACGCUGGGCCUGGCUCGGCGCAUUCAACACCUUCUACCGCAACCACAACGAGAUCAGUGCCAUCUCGCAGGAGUUCUACCGCUGGCCUAUCACCGCCGAGGCGGCCAGGAACGCGGGCAAGGUCCGUCUCCAGCUCCUCGACUACCUCUACACGGCCGUGCACCAGCACUCGGUCGACGGUACCCCUACCGUUUGGCCCGUUUCGUGGGUUCACCCCCAGGAGGCGGAGAGUGUCAAGAUCGAGACCCAGUUCUACUUUGGCCCCAGCAUCCUGGUUGCUCCCGUCGUGCACGAGAACUCGACCUCGGUCGAUGUCUGGUUCGCCCCCGGUGAGACAUUCUACGACUACUUUACGCUUGCCGCGACCCAGGGUGAGGGAUGGAAGAAGCUGAACGACGUCGGCUACGAGACCAUGCCCGUCUACAUCCGUGGUGGCAGCGUGGUGCCCCUCCGCAAGGGAGACGCCAUGACGACUGAGCAGAACAUGCAGCUUCCCUUCGAGCUGAUCGUCACCCCGGGUAAGGACGGCAAGGCGACGGGUGCCCUCUAUGCGGAUGACGGCGAGACCCUUGACUCUGAGUGCAGUGACAUCCACUUCGAGUUUGACGGAAGCAAGUUGUGCAUCAAGGGCUCGUACAACCACCCCGUCCACCUCUCGUCAGUGGUCUUUGCGGGCCAGGACAAGGGCCGGGACUCCAAGGUGUAUGGCCCCAAGGUCCACGGUCAGGGCUGUGAGACACAGUUUGACGAGGCGAAGAAGACUGUCACCGUUAAGGUUGACCUCAAGCUUGACUGUGACCUUACCAUUGAAUUGUGUUAG